AUGAAACGACAAGCCAGGCGUGACCCACUUCAAGAUGAGGCGAUUAGAAAGCCAUUAGCACUAAUGAUCACUGGUGAGAACUGUAGUCGAAAGCCGACAAUCCUCAGGACGUACAAGGAGCCACCUAACGCUAACGUAAAGCCCGUUGGACAGACAUCGGCGGUCAUCGAUGGCAAUGGACAUGUUGAGUACCAGGUGUAUGGUGACUAUUCGACUCAUAUGACAAGCAGAAUUGGCGUGCCUUGUGGAUUUGGUGAUUGCGGAAGAUGA